GCGGUCGCGAUGGGAACGGCGGCAGAUAAAAGCCACACGUCGGGGGCAACCGAGGACACAGAGUGGGAAAAACAAGGGGGCCGGCCGCAGGAGGAAAGAGACGAGGCGAGACGUGACUUGUCGGCACGGGCGCAGCGCAACUCAGCUCCGAGGACGAGAGACACUGAGAAAAUCGGAGGGGGUGCUAGAAUCCUUAAGUACGAACGCCUUCGUCGCGCUCGCCCAUCGCCUGCCGCUAGCCCCGUUGCGCGCACUAGGCCGGAUCACCCUGGUUCAGGCCAAUUAGCCGCUGCUGAUUGGUGGCCGCCCGCAGCACUAUGUCGCGUCCGCUGCCUGAUUGGCCGCACCCAUCCGAAAGCGGAAUCCCUAAACCCAAGCUCGUACCCAAAGUCUUUGAGGUCAAAAAUCGACAGGGCCCGCGAGAGAGGGACGGAGGGAACAACGAGAGCAGGACUCGUCUGUUACUCGGCACGCUGCAGUGGGCCUCAGCCACCUACUCUCCUUUUUUUUUCAUGUUUUUCUUUUGCCUUCCUUCUUGUUCUUCCUUUUUUUAGUCCGGAAAACUACGAUCCAACCUGUCUACCGUCACAAAGGGCUGGCCAGUGUCACACACUGGGUGACAGCCACCCAGGUCUUGAUCCUGACAAACCCGUGGCAACCGAGGAGCGCAGUAGGGAAAUUGGUGGUGAUGGUGGGAAGAAAAAGGGGGGCUGGGACCUGGUCCACUGA